CUUUGUGAGUGUGUGUGUGAGUGUGUGUGUGUGAGAUAUGACAGUCUGCUGUUUGAAGUCUGCUGUACUGUGGAGAAAGGAGGUUCCACAGCUCUUCUGAUGGAACAUCUAAGCCUCAGGUCCCUCUUUCUUGGAUUAUUUCUUCUAAAUUUCCAAAGCCAGUGUCUCACAGUUGCUAAAGAUGUCACCAAACCCAACUUCGUGCUGAUGAUGGUGGAUGAUCUGGGUAUAGGAGAUAUUGGAUGCUAUGGGAACGAUACAAUCAGAACUCCACACAUUGACAGGUUGGCUCUGGACGGGGUGAAGCUGACCCAGCACAUCGCUGCCGCUCCGCUCUGCACCCCCAGCAGGGCUGCGUUUCACACCGGACGCUACGCUGUGCGCUCAGGAUUCGGCAGCACGGGCAGGGUGCAGGUGAUCCUCUUCCUCGGAGGUUCAGGUGGACUUCCUCCCAACGAGACCACGUUCGCCAAACUCCUGCAGAAGCAGGGAUACACUACAGGCCUAGUGGGAAAGUGGCACCUGGGUGUGAACUGCAACAGCAGGAACGAUCACUGCCAUCACCCCAACCACCACGGCUUCCACUAUUUCUACGGGCUUCCCUUCACUUUCUUUAACGACUGUAAACCCGGCGAGGGGAAGGAUGUUCUGGUUGACCUGCAGGUGGCGCUGUGGCAGAUCUCAGUGCUGGUGGGUCUGGGUCUGCUGACCCUGGUUCCGGUGAGGGUCUCCGGGCUGCUGCGGGUCGGUACCGGGCUGCUGGUGCUGUUGGCAGUUCUCUGCACGCUCGGCUUCACGGUUUGGUUCGUGCCCUUCGAGCUCCUUCAGAGGUGGAACUGCAUCAUCAUGAGGAACCAGCAGGUGGUGGAGCAGCCGAUGGAGGCGGAGGAGCUACCUGAGAAACUGAUGAAGGAGGCGGAGCAGUUUGUGGAGAGGAAUCAGAACAGGCCUUUUCUGCUGUUCCUGUCUCUGGCUCAUGUCCACACACCGCUCUUCAUCUCCAGAGAUUUUGUGGGGAAGAGCAGGCAUGGUUUAUAUGGAGAUAACGUGGAGGAGGUGGACUCGAUGAUCGGCAGGAUGGUGAAAACUAUAGAAAGACUCGGUCUUUCUGAACAAACUUUAAUGUACUUCACGUCGGAUCACGGAGGACACAUCGAGGACAACCAGAGAGGAGGCUGGAACGGAAUUUAUCGAGGUGGUAAAGCUAUGGGAGGAUGGGAGGGGGGGAUUCGAGUGCCUGGUAUAUUUAGCUGGCCGGGGCGUUUGCCUGCAGGACGGGUUAUCGGUGAGCCGACCAGCCUGAUGGAUAUUUACCCCACUCUGGUGAAGCUGGCAGGAGGGCAGCUGCCCCAGGACAGAGUAUUGGAUGGUCAUGAUCUGAUGCCGUUGUUGGAGGGGAAGACGAGACGCUCGGAGCACGAGUUCAUGUUUCAUUACUGUGGGAUUAAUCUCAACGCUGUACGCUGGCAUCCAGCUAACAGUGACUCCAUCUUUAAAGUUCAUUUCUUCACUCCUAAUUUCUCUCCUCCCGGCGCCGGCGGCUGCUACCACACCAAGGUGUGUUUGUGUCACGGAGAGUUCAUCACCCACCACGACCCCCCGCUGGUGUUCGACCUAUCACAGGACCCCUCAGAGAGCGUCCCGCUGACCCCCGACACAGAGUCCCGCCACGCGGAGGUGCUGCAGAGGGUCCUGCGGGCCGUGGAGGAGCACAGGAGGACCCUGCGUCCCGUAGAGCCGCAGCUGUCCUGGUCCAACAUCCUGUGGAAGCCGUGGCUUCAGCCGUGCUGCGGGACGUUCCCCUUCUGCUCCUGCUCCGAGAACAACACCAGCAUCAACACCCUGUAAAAUACAGAGAGUACCGGGGGUUAAAGGGUUAAAAUUCAGCAAAUAAUCCAUCAAAUCUCUGCAUUUUAACCCCUUACAUCUAAAUGAAGCUGAUCAGUUCAGAACUUGACUGGCCACAAUCAGUAUCUGAUCUCACAAAUGUGCUUCUGGAAAAAUUAUGAAAAAGAAAAAGAAAAUCCCCAUAAACACACUCCUAAACCUGGUGUAAAGCCUUCUCAGAGGAGUGGAAGCUAUUAAAGGUGCAACAGGGGCUGAUAUCAUAUUAACCCCUAGUAAUUAUAUUGCACGAAAUUCUAGUGCAUCUUUCGCACUACUGAAACAAAAUCAUCCAAAACUGGGGGAAAAGCAGGUAAUUUUUACAUUUAUAGCUAUAUUUAAAAAUUAAAAAGGGAAUUAAACAUUAACCAGUAAAGUUGAGAUAAACAAUUAUUUGAAUGUAUAAAUGUGUGUAAAUUAAAUUACUGUAAGAAUCGAUGGCUGUGGAAAAGCAUAUAACUGGCUGGAAUCUGUAACCUACAAUUAUUUUAUCUCAGAAUGUUUGAAAGGUUUAUAUACAUUUUUUGAAGACUUUAAUUAUUUCAUUUAUUAAUUAUAUAACGGUUUUAUACACGACAUGCUGUAAAAAUGUGAAAUAUGAGGUGAAAAUGAAGGGCUGUAUAUGAGCAUUUCAGCUGCUGCCGUCCAGCAGGUGAGUUUAGAUACUUGAGCAGAUUAUAAACAAGUAGUUUUGCUUACAGAUAAAUUAAUUUUGUAUUUUUCUGUUAGAAUCUAAGGACCAAAGAAAUAAAGUAUUCCAAUGUGUUUCUAAUUUA